AUGGAUCAGAUCUGGACGAACCGAGGAGCGCCAGGACAUCGACAGCGAGGGGUGAGCUACCACUUUAUUCCCGCUACGCUCGUGUUAUUGGAGAUGUUCAUGCUGCUGUUCCCCGGCCCGACGAUCGGCAGCGAGGAGAUAUUCCUCGCCUCGCUGCUCAUCGGCGAGGAGAUCGGGGAGGAGCUGAAAGCCUCCGGGCUGGUCACAGCCUGGAGCGAGGCCCGUCCCGGCGAGCCUGGAUACGCGGACGAGGACGGGGUGCCGGUGUACCGCGAGCCUGGCCCGCAACGCCACACGUACGUCGUGCUGGAGCUGCGGCCGCAACGGUCGAGCAGGGCCAGGCGCAACGCGCAGCAGAAGUCGGGGCGCGCGCGCGCCGAUUCGCGGGCGGCCGGGAGGGCGCUCCUGCUGUCGUCGGACGCUUACCUCCAGCUGGCCGGGCGGGUCGCCGUGUGGAGGGAGCAGGUGGUGCGGGUCAUGGAGGCGGACGCCCAGGAGGCGAAGGCGGAGGCGAACGCUCGGCAGAAGGAGCGCGUCGCUGCCAUCCUCGCGGGCACGGACGCUGCGGGCGCGGGCGCGGGGGUGGAGGAGGCGCUCAAUUGCUGGGAGGAGGGUGCGUACGAAGCGGAGACGCUGGAGGCGCUCGCCGAGUUCGGCGAUUGA